AUGUCGCCCGACAGUCCCCCGUCCACAUCCGCCCUCUGCCGCCCGCUUCGUGCCAUCGAAGAUGGCGGGCACGAGAGUGAGGGGGCAGGCGGGCGGCGCGCGGGCGAGCGGCGGUGGCGGUGGCGCGCGCGAUGGCGCGAGGCGGCGGUGGCGGGGGCGCGGCCGCAGGAGCGAUGGGGGCACUCCGCCGUGGCGUGGGAUGGCAAGCUGAUCGUGUUCGGGGUGAGCGGAGGCACGCGGGCGAGUGGAGGUGAGAAGCCGUGCUGCAGUGGCAGUGGAGAGUUUGCCGUGGCAGCAUGUGUUGCCGCCGCUGCGUGCGUUGAGGGCUGUUUCGGAGCGCAGCACUUCUCCACCGUGCUGUCGCUCGACCUCACCACGCUCGCCUGGGCGCCCCUGUCGGCGCACGGCCAUCUGCCGCCGCCCUGCGACUGCCACUCCGCCUCGCUGCUCUCCCGCGGCCGCAUGCUCGUCUUCGGCGGCACCGACGGCCGCCGCCGCCUCGCCGCCACGCACCUGCUGCACCUGCCCUCCAAGCGGUGGCAACGCGUGGGGGGAGGGGCGGCAGGGGAGAGGAGUGCGCGCUGUGUGCUGGGUGGGAGUGUGAGUGAGGUGGGUGGUGCGAUCGAGGAGGGGGGAGUGGAGAGGAGUGAGGUGCGAGAAGGCGGCGAGAGAGGGCAGCAGGGGGCUGGGGAGGUGGAGAGUGGUGUGAGCUGCGUGGACGAGGCGGGGGUGACAGCGAGGCAGGGGGGGAGGGGGGCAGAGGGAAGGAGGCGGCAGGUGGAGAGGCGGGGCAGCGACGGGUCGCACGUGUCGAGCAGCAGCGUGGUGGUGCGGCACGGAGGUGAAGGGGAGGGGGGCGAGGGGCUGGUGUGGGGCACGAGGCAGGGCAGUGGCGGCGACACGGACAUGCAUGGCAGCAGCCUGGGCACACCUUGCGGGCGGGUGGGUCCCGUGCAGCCUGGCUCGUGGCAUGAUCCGAGCGCGCUUGCUGCUGCGCACCCCCCUGCCAGGGAGAGCCACGCGGCAGCGGUUGUGUGGCUGCCACGGUGUAAGAGGGUGGAGGAGGAAGGAGGAGGGGAUGCGGUGGAGUGGCGAGAGACUGUGCUGGUGUUUGGCGGCAGUGGGGAUGAGGAGGGCGGCGAUGGUGCGGAUGGUAAGGAAGGCAUGGACGGGUGGAGGGGAGGGGAGCAGAGAGACGGGGGAGGAGAGGGAGGCAGCAUGAGCGAGGGGGGCGGCAAGGGGCGGUACCUGAACGACCUGUGGGCGCUGGACGUGCCCUCCAUGACGUGGCGCUGCCUCCAUGCACCGCACUCACUGCCGCCCGCCACCCGCGUGCCACGUGGCAAGGCAGGGGAGUGCCCCCCCUGUGCGCGCGACAGCCACAGCAUGGUGGUGAUGGGCGGGGCGCACGAGCAGCAGGUGGCGGUGGUGUUCGGCGGCGACUGUGGCGCGCGCUACCUCGGCGACCUGCACCUGCUGCACGUCCACCACCUCUCCUGGUGCCACGUGCGUACCCAUUGGGCAACGGGUGUGAGGGGGUGUGCUGUGAGGGGGUGUGCUGUGGGGUGGGGGGGUGUGCUGUGGGGUGGGGGGGUGUGCUGUGAGAGGUUACCCGUGGAGCAUAUCAGUGGUGGGGUGGGGGUGGUAUACGUGGGGAUACCAGCACCGGCGGGAGCGCAGUGGCCGGCGCCACGGGCAGCCCACAGUGCGGUGGCCGUCACAGCCUGGCAGAUGCUGCUGCUGGGAGGGGUGGGCGACGGUGGCUACUUCAGUGACACGUGGCUCUUUGACCUGCCCUCUGCCACGUGGCACCAGCUGCAUCCACCAAUAACAGCCGGUCCUGCCAUGCUGGCAUCGGACAAUUCGAUGGUGGAGCACCUGGAAGCAGAGGAAGCGUCGGCAGCAGCAGCGGAGGCAUGGGCUGCGGGGGAGGAGGACGGGCAGCAGCUGCGGGCGUGCUUCUCCCACUCGGCCACCCUGCUGCCCGACGGCUGCACCGUCGCACUCUUUGGCGGCUGUGGGCGCGACGAGCAGCCGUGCAGCGACGUCAUGCUGCUGCACCUGCAAUGCCCUGCCGCCAGUCCUUCCCCUCGCUGUGCGCGCCCCCUCUCCUCCGCCUCUCUGCCCGCCCCUGCUGCUGCGCGCACGGGGCGCGAGGAGGAAAAGGGCAACGGAGCAGGGGCGGUGGAGCAAGGAGACAGAGCUGUGGGCGUGGAAGAGCAGGGGGGGAUGGCAGAGGGGAGGUGGCGGGAGGGAGGAGAGGCGAUGGAGUGGAGGGCGGUGUGGGAGGGAGGAGGGGAGGAGGAGGCGGAGGUGGGCAGGCAGCGGAUAGGCGAAGACAGGAGCUUUCUUGACGAGCUGGCGGGCAUUCUCAACGACGAUGCGCCCUGCACGUCACAUCCAGCAGCCACCAUCCGCGGUACCUCCCUUCUGCACCUGAUUCCUGCCUCCAUCUCAAGGGGUGGGCAGAGCAUCGACCAAGCAGCACAAGCGCGAGGUGCAGCAGCAGAGAGGGGGCAGCAGGGAAGGGCGAGGGGGCGGCCGCGGCGCUACGUGGUGUCGGAGGCGGGCGAGCGCAUGGUGAGCGCAGCACUGCAAGCCCGGCACGCCGGCGGAGGAGGGGAGGUGGACGGGGGUGAAGCGAAGAGAACAGGCAGUACGGUGGUAGACAGUCCUGGUACGGAUGGGGAUGGUGGUGAAGAGGAGGGGGCAGCGGAGGCAGACAUGGGAAGAGAAGGUGCAGGCACAAUAGGUGGCGCCACCUUGAGUGGUGGCAGUCGGCCCAAGCUGCAGCCGAAACGAGCAGCCAGUGGAGGCAUGGCGCGGGGCAGUGAGGUGCGCGGGAUGAGCGCGGCGGCAGGGAGGGGCGCGGUGGAGUUGUCACCAUUCCACCAUGACAUGGCGCAUGGAACUCUGCCCGCUGCCUGUCCUUCUGCUGCUGCUCACGAGGGGCAUGUGUCGCUGCCUGCAUGGCAGCAGCCGUGUGGCAUGACAUGGCAGCAAGGGAAUGUUCUUGGUGCUGCAGAUGCCGCUGCUGUCAUUCCUGCCACUCUCCCUCUCUCCAUGCUGCCUGCCCUCCAAGCCACACCCUCCUCUGCCCCGCAGCAGCCCCGUGUGUCAGAGGCCGCCCCUCCCAGGCAGCACCUCGCCGUGCCGUCGUCCCUGGCAGCGCGGCCCCUCAUUGCGCUGCACGCCCGCCCCGUGGGCCAUGCCCAAUCGCACAGCGCAGCAAAGCAUCCCAGGGGAGGGGAGGGGGCGAGGGGGGAUGGCAGGGGUGAGGCAUGCAAGGGUGGUGGGGAGGGAGGCGGAGGUGGCGGGGAGGCGAUGGAGGCGGGGAUGGGAGGGGGGGGUGGCGGGGUGCAGGGCGGAGAGGGCGGCACUGCCCACGCGCACCUGCUGCACCUCGGCAUCGGCCGUGUCGUGCGCUGCCCUGUGAGCCUCUGCCUGCCCUCCUCUGCCUGCCCUAUAGUGCACCUCCACCAUCCCAUGGCAGAUAGUGCACCUCCACCAUCCCACUCGCUCCUGUGCUGCCCUCCUGUGCUCACGGCCUUCCACCACUGCCACUUGCCCUGUCCUCUCCUCUGCUGUGCUGGCCAGCCCGGGGCAUCACUGGCAGUGCGCGUGGACGGGGUGUUUGACGGCGGUGUCACGCUCGCAGCGCAAGUCGGCGCCCACACGCUCUCCGGUGUGCUGCUCGCCCCGCCUGCUGUGAGUCCCACUGCCCCCCCUGCUGUGAGUCCCACUGCCCCCCCUGCUGUGAGUCCCACUGCCCCCCCUGCUGUGAGUCCCACUGCCCCCCCUGCUGUGAGUCCCACUGCCCCACCUGCUGUGAGUCCCACUGCCCCCCCUGCUGUGAGUCCCACUGCCCCCCCUGCUGUGAGUCCCACUGCCCCCCCUGCUGUGAGUCCCACUGCCCCCCCUGCUGUGAGUCCCACUGCCCCCCCUGCUGUGAGUCCCACUGCCCUUUCCGGGCUGGCCUGCCAGCCAUGGCCGCCAGUGCAGGCAGCUCACCGUCACCACCAUGCCCCACCACACCACACAGCAUGCAUGUAUCCACCUCAUGAGGUGCACCGCCAUCCCAUCUAA